AUUCCUCGGCCGUGUGUCAGAUCUAGCGUGCGUCGUGAAGUGCCUCCACUUCCUCGUCCCUUGAAAUAAACGAUAAAACGUUGAAACAUCAGUGUGACAGUUCAAAUGACAACGGAGUGCUGACAAAUUGUUAAUUCGUGGUGAAUGUGAAUUGUUUUAUCAGUGCAAUUGAAUCGUUUUCUUUUUUUCAAUCGGUGAGAGGUGAUUGCACGGGCGUACACACAGGUAGCCACGGCCGGCGGCCAUUAUUGUUGUCAAUAUGGCGGGCAAAGGAGGACUAGCCACUGAUUGAUCGUCAGACACACGAGAGUGUUCCGUUAGUCCGUGAAGAAGCUGAAGAGAAUUUUUGAGGGGAUUUAAGAGGAAAUUGAACGAUUGCGUGGCUUCUUCACGGGUUCUUGAUAACGACAAAAGGGAAAAUAGUCGAUUGUUUGAUUGAAGAAAGAAGAAUCUUCGAUACUCUUCGUUAAACUCCGGAGAUCACAAUGUCGCGGCGAAAGAACCCAAAGAGGAAAGGAGACAACUUGGAUGAUUUGAAACAGGAGUUGGAUAUUGAUUUUCAUAAAAUCUCACCUGAGGAACUCUAUCAGAGAUUUCAAACUCAUCCAGAGAACGGCCUUAGCCAUGCGAAAGCGAAAGAGAAUUUGGAGCGUGACGGUCCAAACGCCCUUACCCCACCGAAAACCACCCCCGAAUGGGUUAAAUUCUGCAAAAAUUUAUUCGGUGGAUUUGCCCUCCUCCUGUGGAUCGGUGCAAUUCUCUGUUUCAUUGCGUACUCGAUUCAAGCAUCAACGAGCGAGGAUCCCAACGACGACAAUCUCUACCUGGGCAUUGUACUUGCCGUAGUUGUGAUAGUAACAGGAAUAUUCUCGUACUAUCAGGAGAGCAAAUCGAGUAAGAUAAUGGAGUCAUUCAAGAACAUGGUGCCUCAAUUUGCAACUGUCCUGAGAGAGGGUGAAAAAUUAACCCUCAAAGCUGAGGAUCUUGUGCUCGGUGACGUUGUCGAGGUGAAAUUCGGUGAUCGUAUACCAGCUGAUAUAAGAAUUAUCGAGUCACGGGGCUUCAAGGUUGACAACAGCUCGUUGACUGGUGAAUCAGAGCCACAAUCAAGAUCACCAGAAUUUACCAAUGAUAAUCCCCUUGAGACGAAGAAUCUCGCCUUCUUCUCGACCAAUGCUGUUGAGGGUACAGCAAAAGGUGUUGUUAUAUGCUGCGGUGAUCAGACUGUUAUGGGUAGAAUCGCUGGUUUGGCGUCUGGUCUUGACACAGGUGAGACACCAAUUGCCAAGGAAAUUCAUCACUUCAUUCACUUGAUCACCGGUGUAGCUGUUUUUCUCGGUGUUACAUUCUUCCUAAUUGCAUUCAUUCUGGGUUAUCACUGGCUCGACGCUGUAAUAUUCCUCAUCGGUAUCAUUGUUGCCAAUGUACCUGAGGGUCUACUCGCCACAGUGACAGUCUGUCUCACCCUAACUGCUAAAAGAAUGGCAUCUAAGAACUGUCUCGUUAAAAAUCUCGAAGCUGUGGAGACACUUGGCUCGACGUCAACAAUUUGCUCGGAUAAAACUGGUACAUUAACUCAGAAUCGUAUGACUGUCGCUCACAUGUGGUUCGACAAUCAGAUUAUCGAGGCUGAUACCACUGAGGAUCAGUCUGGUGUACAGUACGACAGAACAAGUCCUGGAUUCAAAGCACUAGCCAAAAUAGCAACGCUAUGCAAUCGAGCUGAAUUCAAACCUGGCCAAGAGGGUGAACCAAUUCUAAAACGUGAAGUCAAUGGUGAUGCCUCAGAGGCUGCACUACUCAAGUGCAUGGAGCUGGCCCUCGGUGAUGUUAUGGGAAUCAGAAAGAGAAAUAAGAAAGUGUGCGAAGUGCCAUUCAACUCAACCAAUAAAUAUCAAGUAUCAAUUCACGAGUCUGACGAUCCCAAUGAUCCGCGUCAUCUUCUCGUUAUGAAGGGUGCACCAGAGAGAAUUCUCGACAGGUGUUCAACAAUUUUCAUUGGCGGCAAGGAGAAGGUACUCGAUGAGGAGAUGAAGGAGGCAUUCAACAAUGCUUAUCUGGAGCUCGGUGGUCUUGGUGAGCGUGUGCUUGGUUUUUGCGAUUAUAUAUUACCAUCGGACAAAUAUCCCGUUGGAUUCAAAUUCAACAGCGACGAUCCCAAUUUUCCAACUGAGGGGCUUAGAUUUGUUGGCCUCAUGUCCAUGAUUGAUCCACCACGUGCUGCUGUACCAGAUGCCGUUGCCAAGUGUCGUUCAGCCGGUAUCAAAGUUAUCAUGGUCACCGGUGAUCAUCCAAUCACUGCCAAAGCCAUUGCCAAAUCAGUUGGUAUUAUAUCAGAGGGUAAUGAGACUAUUGAGGAUAUUGCACAGAGAUUGAAUAUACCGGUGUCGGAGGUCAAUCCACGAGAGGCUAAAGCUGCUGUUGUUCAUGGUACUGAUCUCAGGGAUACUAGCAGUAGUCAACUCGAUGAUAUCCUGAGAUAUCAUACCGAAAUUGUGUUCGCUCGUACAUCACCACAGCAGAAACUUAUUAUUGUCGAGGGAUGUCAACGGAUGGGAGCCAUUGUUGCUGUUACUGGCGAUGGUGUGAACGAUUCGCCAGCCCUGAAGAAAGCCGAUAUCGGUGUUGCCAUGGGUAUCGCUGGAUCUGAUGUAUCGAAACAAGCAGCCGACAUGAUUCUUCUCGAUGAUAAUUUCGCAUCAAUCGUAACUGGUGUUGAGGAGGGGCGACUCAUCUUCGAUAAUCUCAAGAAAUCCAUUGCCUACACCCUCACCUCGAAUAUCCCUGAGAUCUCACCCUUCCUCGCCUUUAUCCUGUGUGAUAUUCCAUUGCCACUUGGUACAGUCACCAUUUUGUGCAUCGAUUUGGGAACCGACAUGGUACCAGCCAUCUCGCUAGCCUAUGAGGAGGCUGAGAGUGAUAUUAUGAAGCGACAACCACGAAACCCCUUCAGUGACAAGCUUGUUAAUGAAAGGCUCAUCUCAAUGGCAUACGGACAGAUCGGUAUGAUUCAGGCAGCCGCUGGUUUCUUCGUGUACUUCGUUAUCAUGGCUGAGAAUGGCUUCCUCCCGACGUAUCUUUUCGGCAUCCGAAAACACUGGGAUUCCAAAGCUAUCAAUGAUCUAACCGACAGCUAUGGCCAGGAAUGGACGUACAGAGAUCGCAAGUCUCUUGAGUUCACUUGUCACACAGCCUUCUUCGUGUCAAUCGUGAUCGUCCAAUGGGCCGAUCUGAUUGUCUGCAAGACCCGCAGGAACUCCAUCGUGCACCAGGGAAUGAGGAACUGGGCCCUCAAUUUCGGUCUUGUUUUUGAAACAGCACUCGCUGCUUUCCUCAGUUACACACCUGGUAUGGAUAAGGGUCUCCGCAUGUUCCCACUCAAAUUUGUCUGGUGGCUUCCAGCCCUUCCUUUCAUGCUCGCCAUCUUCAUCUAUGACGAGACGAGACGGUUCUACCUCCGCCGAAAUCCUGGUGGCUGGCUUGAGCAAGAAACUUACUACUAAAUUCUCCUCCCCACAGCGAAGCGCACCCACGCGAAUAAAACACUUGGAAAUAUCUCGAUCAACUCAAGAGACCCUUCAAAAAAAAAUCAUAAAAACUCAAUAAAUAUACUACACGGGGCGUGCUUGCAAACCUGGACCCACACGUAUCUAAUUAGUGCUGCAGAGGCUGGAAUGUGCUUCGUUGGCUGAAUUAUCUCCCUGUGAGGAAGGAUUACUUACGACCAGAUGAAGCAAUUUUCUUUACUCUUUGGUCACGUCAGAAAUAAUGAAGAGCCUCGUGAAGAAUGAGUCACUGCCCAAUAAUCGAGAAACGCCUGGGAUGGCUGAUGGGGCGUCGACCCAGACUAAAACUAAAAAUUAAAAUAACAAUUCAGGAUUAAAGCGGCACAACGGAUGCAGUCGAUUUUUCCGGACUCGCCUACUUUCUGUUUUUUUUUUUUGCGAUAUCUCGGAAUCUCGGGAGAUGACGAAAUUUUUGUCGGGGACUUUUUUGUGGAGAAUUUGGAGAUCCGGAAAAAAGUUCUUAUGAAAAUUUUUCGUGGUUUCGCUGGUUUUCGAGAUAUUUCGGAAAUACGGGCGAUCACCGGAAAUCGACUUGAAACGUUUUACCCCUUCACUGAAUUCCAAGAGUGGGACAGAGACGGGCCUAAAAAAAUUAAUUAAAAUUAUAAUUAGGGGUAGACGAAUCCAGUGAAUGAACGAGUCAUGUUGAAUAAUGAGAAUGGAAUACUUUAAUGAAAAAAUCUAAAAGACGAAUUCGAGAACUAGCUUAACCUGUUGAAUUUGAGAGGAAAUAAAUUAUUUAAUCGAGGAUACGAAUUGAGAAAUUAUACGUCUUGUGAUACCGGGGGUAGAUAAUCUGUUGAUUAGAUAAUUCCGUCGUGGAGAAAUUGAAAAUUUAAAAUGUAGGGAAAUUUCAUUAACGAUUGCGAGGUGAAAAUAAAUAAAUAAAAAGCUAUUCAGACGUCUCCAAUGACCAUAAAAAGAUCCUCGCUAUUGGCACGCCCUAGGUGAAUGCAGCGAAUACGUAAUCAUCAACAAUAAUUAACGAUUACCGUAACAACCCUCGGAUUAUCGUUAUCGUAAUCGUUUGUGGCACAGUGAUAAAACAGAACUUCAGUUUUUGGGGGGUAUCUCGGAAUCUAGAGGAGAUAGGGGAAUUUACGUGGAGACUUUUUUGUAGCUGAGAAAGUUUCCCACAAAAAAGUCCUGUAUCAUUUUGCUCUGGAACCGCUAGUUAUCGAGAUAAUCAUCCAUUUCUGGGAGGGAGUGCUGAAAUGAAACAUUAACUCUAUAAAAUUAACUUCACUGGAUUAUCGUAAUUGUUUUAUUACAUAAAAUAAUUCGAUAUCGAGGGAAUUACGAGGGGAAGUACAAGAACCAACGCGUUAUUUCAGUAGAAAAAUAUAAACCGAUCAAAAACCACUAGUUAAUCAAUAAAUCGAAUUAUUUUUGAAGAAUUUCUCAAAAAUUACGAAACACUCAAUCCGACGAAUAAUUCAAGACCGAGUAAAUACAAAAAUAUACUGAACAGAGGAGUAACUAGUGCACGCGAUGAGUAGCUGUAGCGAGAGGUUUAAAAUGUAACGAAAACAGAAAAAAAAAACGUGAAAAAAAUAAUAAUUCUACGAGCUAUAGCAGGUGAAUGGAAGUAAUGCAUUCUCACGUAGGUGAAAAGUGAAAUAAUUAUUAUAAUAAAGAGUAAAUAAAAUGAAGAGCAUUCAUUCUCUAGGUUUUUUCAUAGUUUAAACGAAAUGAGGAGGGAGUUUCGAUGAGACCCCGGCGCUAACGCCCUGUCCAGCCCCAGGUAUUCAGUAGGAAAAUAGUUAACGGCUUAUAUCUCGAAAUCCGUGAGAGAUUGUCAAUUUUUUUUUAGACCACUUUAAGAGCUACAGAAAAGGUCCAAUAAAAAUUUUUCUAUCCCUCGUAGAUUCCGAGAUAUUGGAAAAAAACUGAAGUACUUUUUUUUUCAUUUAGCAAAUUCAAUCAAUUUCAUUUUGUCUGCGGUUUUUUGAGGAUAUCUCGGCAGGGGUGGGGGAAAGUCGAGUUUUCGUAAGGAACUUUUUUGUAGGGUACAAUGAGUACUAUGAAAAAGGUCGAAUAAAGAUUGUUCUAUUCCCCUUGGAUUCCGAGAUAUCGAUGUCGCGCGAAAAUCGAAUUUCACUGUUUUACCUCUUCACUAGGAAUUUAUCUCGAGAUAUGAGGAAUUGGUGACGCCCCUGCAGCUCAGUCCCGAAUAAUGCCCAAAGUGUUCAUAACGUGUGGGGAAAUUGAGGAAACACUUGACAUCAUUGACUCUUCGCUCUUUCAUGACAAAUAAACAAUACAAAUGCACAACAAAUACUGAAUAAAUCUGAGUCCCAAAAUUCAACGACUUUUUUUUUUCGAUUAAACAACCUGAUCGAGUGUUCAAGUGGGAUGUACAGGUUUUUGUAAUGGUUUUACAAACAUAAUUCAUUAAAGGGAAGAAAUAACUAACGAACCACUCGCUCUGGAGAUUGACAGAACGAAAAAAAAAACAGUUAUUAAAAAAGAACAAGCUAAUGAAAACUCAAAAACAGAGAUUUCACAAUUUUUUCUCGUUCAACGCAAGAUUAUCUCGAUAACGCUCUGUCCGAGGGAAAAUAGUCCGAAGAGAUUUUCUGUGGGAAAUUUCAUCAGCUCCAAAAAAUUUUUUUUGACUCUUGACCCUGGGACCCCUCGUUAUCGAUAUAAUCAGCGAAAAAAGAAAAUUCAUCAAUGGGUUGAAAUGAAAUUGUAGUCGAGGGGUGGAGACAGGGUGUUGUUGUGCCGGGGAGUGUAGGAGCCCAAUAUAACGAAAAUUAUGAAAAAAAAUAUAAAAAACAAGAUAAAAUACGAAAAUAACAAAAAAAUGCUUUGCCAUCGUGCGCCGCCUCACUCUAGGCUAAUAAUUUAAAUAUUAAAGUAAUAUUAAUGAUUAUUAAUAUAAUACAUGUUACGGUAAGAUAUUACUAGAUGUAAUUAUUAUGUAUGGUUUAGUUUAGAUCGUGUUGUUGAGAAAAAAAAAAA